AUGCCAGUCGACAAGAUCAGAGCAUUGGGUGACUCCCGUAUUGAGUACAAGUCCGCUACACUCAACGGUCAUAACUACUCUUACCUCCUCAGCCAGCCUAAAUCAGGGCAAUACAAAGCCACUAUCUUCCUGAUCCAUGGCUUCCCCGAUCUCUCCAUGGGAUGGCGGUAUCAGAUUCCCAUGCUCGUAGAUAUGGGAUUGCGUGUGAUAGCUCCUGACUGUCUCGGAUACGGAAGAACAGAUGCCCCGGAUGAAUUCACACCGUACGCGCACAAAAGUUGCGCAGCGGACAUCAAAGCCUUAGCAUCCCAUUUAGGCGAAUCACAAAUCAUCCUAGGUGGACAUGACUGGGGCGCAGCACUCGCCUACCGCAUUGCCCUCUGGCAUCCAGAGCUAGUAAGCCAACUAUUCACAGUCUGCGUGCCUUAUGCACGACCCAUGGCGCAGAAUGUCUCCAUUGAAGACCUUGUUCGUACUGUGACACCACACUUUGGAUACCAGCUGCAGUUCAAGAGCGGGGAACUGGAGAAGGUGAUUCGGUCUAAGGAUGAGAUCCGCCAGUUUUUGCUUGCGCUUUAUGGAGGGCGCACGGAGGCGGGCGAGUUUGGGUUUGAUGCCAAUAAGGGUGUUUUGGUUGAUACUAUUGGCAGAUUGAAGAUUUCGAGGCUGCUGAGUGAGGAGGAGUUGGAGUUUUAUACGAAUGAGUUUGCUCGGAGUGGGAUUCACGGACCGCUUAAUUGGUACCGCACUCGUGACGUGAACUAUGAAGACGAGCUUGCUAUUCUCGACAGGGUGAUCCAGGUUCCUACGCUGUUUAUCCAGGGACUGAGGGAUCAAGCUCUGCCGCCUCAUUUGGGUAAAUCCAUGGCCAAGCAGGUCCCGCAGCUGACCCUGAAGCAGGUUAAUACCGGGCACUGGGCUUUGUGGGAGAAGCCCGAGGAAGUGAAUGAGAUUAUUGGGACUUGGUUAAAGGACCGGAUUUCUGCGGAUGGAAGGACUGGCAAGCUCUGA